AGCUUCACUUGAUCAGCCAGUCAUUCAAGUAGUGCCCAUUCCGUUCGCCAGUCUUCCCGCCCACUUUCUCACGGUGCUAGCGACGCACGCAGUCUCCCGCCAGCGCCACGGUCCCCAUCACUCCGUCACGCAAUAAUGGCUGCGGUCGUCGCAAAAGCUCAAGCGUGCCUGGUCGCCGCGCGAGGCCGGGUCGAGCAGCGUGAGGCCGACUGCCAGACGGGAGGCCUCCCUGGAGCGCGCCGGGUCGGCCUCAACAGGCCGUUGGGUCGAAGCCUCGCUCCCGCCGCUGCGCUGAAGCGAGCGCCUCGGCGAUCGGGCGCUGCGAGAUGCUCCGCGGCCCCCCAGGCUCCCAGUGCUGCCGCGGAGGUGUCGGAGAGAGAAGGCGCGAGCGGCAAGGGCUUCGGCGUCUUCCGCCUCACGUACGACCUCAAGGAGGAGGAGAGCGCGCGGCGCAAGUGGAGCAAGACGAUCCGCGUGGCGGUGUCGGGGGCGGCGGGCAUGAUCUCCAACCACUUCCUCUUCAAGCUGGCGUCAGGCGAGGUGUUCGGCCCCAACCAGCCCGUGGCCAUCAACAUGCUCGGUUCUGAGCGGUCCAAGGAGGCGCUCGAGGGCGUGGCAAUGGAGCUAGAGGACUCGCUCUUCCCCCUGCUGAGGGAGGUCACCAUCAGCAUCGACGCGCGGGACGCCUUCAAGGACGUCGACUGGGCGCUGCUCAUCGGCGCCAAGCCGCGCGGCCCGGGUAUGGAGAGGGCGGACCUGCUGGACAUCAACGGCCAGAUCUUCGCAGAGCAGGGCCGCGCGCUGAACGAUGUGGCCAAUCCCAACGUCAAGGUCAUCGUCGUCGGCAACCCCUGCAACACCAACGCGUUGAUCUGCCUCAAGAACGCGCCCAAGCUCAACCCAAGAAACUUCCACGCACUUACCAAGCUCGAUGAGAACCGAGCCAAGUGCCAGCUGGCGCUGAAGGCGGGCGUGUUUUACGACAAGAUCUCCAACAUGACCAUCUGGGGCAACCACUCCACCACCAUGGUGCCUGACUUUGUGAAUGCGCGCAUUCUGGGUUUCCCCGCCACGGACGUCAUUCGCGACCGCAAGUGGCUGGAGGAGCAGUUCACUCCGCAAGUGCAGACGCGGGGCGGUGCGCUCAUCAAGAAGUGGGGGCGGUCGUCAGCAGCAUCCACGGCCGUGUCGCUGGUGGACGCCAUCAGGGCGCUCACCACGCCCACCGCUCCGGGCGACUGGUUCUCGUCGGGCGUGUACACCAAGGGCAAUACCUACGGCAUCGACGACGACCUCAUCUUCAGCCUGCCCUGCCGCUCCAAGGGCGACGGCGACUACGAGGUAGUGCCGGGGCUCAUAGUGGACGAGUAUCUACGGGCACGCAUCAAGAAGACGGAGGAUGAGCUGCUGGCAGAGAAGAAGUGCGUCUCGCACCUCAUUGGCCUGGAGAACGGGUACUGCGACCUGCCAGAGGGCGACACCAUGCUGCCUGGGGAGCAGUGAAGUGACUAGGUACCUGUACAGUUUGCAGCGAGCCGAUGCUCGCCUGUACAGCAAUGGCUGUGCAGCUUGUACAGUAAUGGCAGGCAUGGAGCCUGUUCUUAUGUGGCUGCACUGACACCAUGUACUGUCUAUUACGCUGUUACUCUCCUGCUGUAUCAUUUGUUGAUGUAACCAUGUUGUACUACGCUUGGUAAAGCACAGCAUCAGUGCUUCGGGCAGCUA